ACCAAUCCUUCUUCUUGCAAGUUGGCUCCGUGGUGCUGCUAGAGCCAAAAUGAAUGCUUUGUUAGUUCUUUGCAUGCUGGUCGUUGCAACGGCGCAGUCGAGACCAUUCAAUAUCAUCGACUUCCUGAUCUUGUCAGCCCAGACCACACUUCCAAAUCUUAUUCAGCAAGCGGGGCUCACUGAUACUCUUAAAGGACCUGGUAGUUGGGUAUCUCAUAUCCCCAGCGAGGUAUUGUUACGUAAAUUGGAUGCAACUGACACGGCAAAACUGACCACCUUUCUCAAAUACCACGUGGUCAGUGGUCAAUACCGACGAGGUGAUCUGUACAAUGAGGAGAGUCUUACUUCCCUCCAGCCAAACCAAACGAUCAGGGUCAACUACUAUAACGAUGUAGGGGAAAUUACCGUGGAGGGUAAGGCCAUUAUAUCAUCUGAUCACGUGAUGAGUAAUGGAAUUGUUCACUUCAUCGGUGGCGUGAUGAUCCCGCCGGCGGGGACCGUUCUGGACGUCGUCCUAAAGGACGGAAAUCUUACCACACUCGCCUCAACUAUAAAGAGUGCUAUGCUUGAGAACUUCUUUCAAGAUCAAAAGCCCAUCACCCUCUUUGCUCCCACUGACGAAGCCUUCAACAAACUCGGAAGUGCAACUGUAAAAGGUCUUAUCGCCGACCCUGCACUUUUGAAAAGUGUACUUCAGUACCACGUGGUCCCGGGGACAAUCUACAGGUUACACAGCGCUUACCUGCACACCUUUGAGGAGGCUGACCGGAUUCGGCUACAUACAGUCGACUUGGAUGGGUUCGAGGCCGACGGUGGCGGUUUGGUGGACCAUAUGGUGAGUGCCACCAAUGGGGUUGUCCAGAAGAUUGACGCUGUUCUCAUCCCUAGCUCGCUGUCUGACCAGGUCAAGGCUUUGACAGCUGGAGCAACGACAGCAGCUUAAAGACAUUGUAAUUGAGAGUGAUUAAAUCCAACAUCAUAUA